AUGCUGAUCCAGGCUGCUGAGGAGGGAGUAGUGGAGGAGAUCCAGACGCAUCUGGAGGCAGGCGCGGACGUGGGAGCUAGGGACAGCGACAGGAAGACAGCUCUGCACUGGGCGGGUGCCAGGGGUCACGUGGAGGCAGUGAGGUGUCUACUGGAGGCAGGAGCUGAUGUGGACGCCAGGGACAGCGAACUGAACACCCCCUUGCACUACGCCGCAUUAAGUGGCAAUGUGCCUAUGGUUCGUCUGCUGACGGCGUCCUCCGCCGACCCCAAUGCUAGGGAUGUCAGCGGGAUGACGCCACUGCACGUCGCUGCAGAUGAAGGCAACACAGAGGUGGCAGCAGUACUGCUGGCUGCGGGGGCCGACAGAGGCGCCAGGGAUGAGGAUGGGGACACCCCCCUGGACCUUGCCCUGCAGAACAGGCAGCAGCUUAUAGAGAAGUUAAGCUAG